GACUUGCUCUCGAUUUCAUAUUGCCUAUCAACUCGUACCCUGCCUGUUCCUAUUCUUGAAGGUGAUAUAGAGCUGAUAUACAACAGCGAUCUCAAGGACGUUCGCUGAGAUUCAGCGGUGGAACACCGUGGAGUGCUUUGUCACUGUGUCGCCCCGAUGGAAAAUUCUGCAGAUCAGCCUCAGUUUGAUAUGUCGGUCGAUGGGAUAUCAAAUGGUGUCACUGCAGAGAACAGACCAGGCCAAACACCCAAUGAGAUUCCAGCCAUUGUUAAGCGCAAGGUUGACGAAAUUGAACCGUCGAGAGACUCCCAGGAUCACAAACGGAGAAAGGGAACCGCACCCGUCAAAGAAGAAUUCCUGCUUCAGUCCGACGAUGUAAUCCGAACAGAAUUUGGUCGUGAUGGACCCAAUGAUGAUGCCGCUGAGGCCUUUCACCACAUGGACCGGCUACCAGCCAGCCAGAACAUCAAAGGUAACCGCCGUCGAGAGAAGAAGAAAGGUCAGAACAAAGCCCGCGAUUUUGGGACUUCGAGGGAUGAAGUAGGGUUGUGUUCAAGUCGAGCCUACAGGCCCGAGUUCUCGCCAGAUUCGUGUGCCUACGGUGACAACUGUCGUUUCGAACAUGACAUCCGAAAAUACCUCAGCGACCACAAAAGAAAAGACCUCUCCACGUUCAAUGGUCUGUGUCCUGUAUGGGAAGUGAAGGGGAAAUGUCCGGCUGGAUGGAAAUGCCGUUUCGUGGGAUCUCAUUCUAAAGAAGUAGACCACGGAGACGGCCGACUGGAACUGGUCUUGGUCGAGGAUGCUGAACGAAUGGCCAAAUAUGCUGAGACUGCAUUCGAAGACGAGGAGGCUGGCGUAGCGAACGCCCUCACUUCUCAGCAAAGAAUUGGGCUGACAAAGAGGAAAGUAUCAACUCCAAAAUCAGAUGAGUUUCUGCAUUGGCUCGACAAACAGGCCCAAAACCCAGCCCACCAGGGUCGAGGACGAAACAAAUCCUUUCGCAACUCCUCUUCUCCGGAACCCGAGUCUGGUCCAACUGGCCGAGACGGAGAGGGCAUAGGGGAAUCGAGAGCUGCCUUCCAGGAUCCUCCCCUCCGACCAUCGGAGAAACGUCGUCUGUACUUUGGGCCCGAGACGCCGAUCCUAGCACCCUUGACCACGCAAGGAAAUCUGCCCUUCCGGCGCUUGUGUACUUCGUUAGGGGCAACGUUUACUUACUCAGAAAUGGCCAUGUCUUUGCCGUUGUUGCAGGGACAGAAGUCUGAAUGGGCACUCCUUAAAGCCCAUGAAUCAGAGGUAGCUCCCCCAACCUUCUCGAUCAAGGGCAGCGACAACAUCGUCUUCGAAUAUGACCAGAAACAAGACCUUCGAUUCGGUGCCCAAAUCGCCGCCAACAAGCCUUGGCUCGCGGUCAAGGCAACCGAAAUCCUCACCACCUUAUUGCCUCGAGGUCUCCGAGUGGUAGAUCUCAACGUCGGUUGCCCGAUUGAUCUGGUCUACAAGGAAGGUGCUGGCUCGGCUCUAAUGGAUUCGCCACACAGGCUGGAGAAGAUGCUUCGGGGGAUGAACGUGGUCUCAGGUGAGACACCAGUCACAGUAAAGAUUCGAACCGGGACUCGGGACAAGCAGCCGACUGCACAGAAAUUGGUCGAUCGACUGGUGCUAGGCAGUGGACAUGGGCGGGGGAGUGCCUGUGGUGUUGCGGCGAUAACUCUGCACGGGCGAUCCAGGCAGCAAAGAUAUACCCGUUCUGCCGACUGGGAGUACAUUGCAGAGACAGCAUCUCUGAUCAAGGGGCUCAAUGAGAAGGCAGAUACUCUGGCUGACACUAUCCACGAGCCGGACGAGCGUGACCAACCAAAUGGCCACAAAGGCUCACGAAACGGCAAAGUCUUCUUCAUUGGCAACGGCGACGUGUUCUCACACGAACAUUACUAUGACCAUAUGCAGCAUGCCGGGGUCGACGGAGUCAUGGCAGGUCGAGGGGCCCUAAUCAAGCCAUGGCUCUUUGAAGAAAUCGCAGCGGGGCAGUAUCUGGACAAGUCGUCAUCGGAACGACUGCAGAUGAUUGAGCGGUUCUGUCGGUUCGGGCUCGAGGCAUGGGGAAGCGACGAGAUCGGCGUUGGACAGACGCGACGGUUCUUGCUGGAGUGGCUCAGCUUUGCCUGCCGAUACGUGCCUGUCGGGCUGUUGGAGUAUCUGCCGCCCAACAUCCAGGAUCGACCUCCUCGAUACAAAGGACGGGACGAGCUGGAGACGUUGAUGGCGAGUGACAACUACCAGGACUGGAUCAAGAUCAGCGAAAUGUUUCUAGGGCCCGCGCAUCCCGACUUUCGAUUCGAGCCGAAACACAAAUCCAACAGCUACGAGAUUCAAGCGGAGGGGUGAAUGGAUCGAGGGCCUGCGAAAAGAUUAGGGGGUUGUACAAAACAGCGUGCGACGGCGUAGAUUGAGCCCAACGAUACUUGUCAAGCGUCAGGCUCGAGCCAGAUGGAUGGAUGAUUGUAGACAAUAAGCCGCGGCGGCUCCCAGCCGCGUGCCAGGUCGCAGGUUAUGCAAGGCUUCGGGCAAACUUGUGGAUAGAUGUGUGCUGACAUGUGCAAAUGAUAAUGGCCCCCCCAGAAUCACGG